AUGUCUAUUUUAUUAAGAUCAGUCUCAUCGCAACCAAAGAAAUUACUCGCCAGAUGUUAUAACAAGAUAGUGAUUACUGACGACGGUUCCACUAUAGUUGCUCUUCACCGAGAGCAGGAAUUUCCUUAUGAAUACUCUAAACCUUUACCAGAAGAGGUUACUGAUACGUCCAUUCUAAAAAUGUCGGAUUUUACUGAAGUGAGAAAAGUGUUCAAAGACAUUAAGCCUGAAAUAGCAAGACAACAGUUAGCAUCAUUAACACUUACCACUCCACAUCGUUGGUUCCCAAGAGCCAGAGACAAGAAGGCCAAAAAAACUGAAAUGAAUAGGCCUUAUCUGUAA